AUGGUACAAACUCGUCGUCGUAAACGUGGUAAAGUCUAUUUACAUGAUGUCAAUCGUAAACGACUGUGGGUAAAAGAAAAACGUAAACGUGAAGUUCGUGUACGUCAUUGUCCAUUGAUACGUUCAAACUGGGAAGCUAAACUUUCGGUACCAACAAAUUAUCGUGAAUUUGCACUUGUUCAUGAUAUAAAAAAAUCGUUUCCUAUACCAAAAACAAAAGAUUUAGUUAAUCCAAAAAAUCUUGAAAAAUUUAUAAAACAACAACAAGAAAUUUCUGAUAAUGAUGAUGAUAAUAAUGAUUAUUCAUCUGUACCAAUGAUCGAUACAACAGAGAAAAAAAAGAAGCAACGUAAACCAACAAAAGUUCACAUUCGAGAUGAAAUUGAAAAAGAUGCUAAUACAGAACGUGUUAAAUCAUUGAGAAUGUCCGAUCCAGAUCGAUUAUUUUGUAUUUAUAUGAUUGAAAAACAUGGUACAAAUUACGAUGCUAUGGCUCGUGAUCAUCAUAAUGAUUAUCAAUUGACAGCUCGACAACUGGAAAGAAAAAUGGAAAAAUUUAAAAAGAUUCCAAAAAUUUACGAACGUUAUUUAGCUGAAAAAUCAGAAGGAAAAAAUUUUCUAGUUGAUUUUCAAAUGGAUGAUUAA